AUGCAUGAUAGUAAAGUUACCAAAGCUCUUAAGCUUAUGGGAAAUUGGAUAUUAAGCAUAUCAGAAUGUGUGAAACAAGAAUAUAAAAAAAAUAUUUUAUUAUACUUAAGCAUAAUACUUAAUAAAACUAAACUAUGUCCUGUUAAUAAUCCUUCAAGCCUAUUAUAUAUCAAGACUGCAUUAAGAUUGCAAUAUAUUAAUAUUAUAAAUAUAAAGAACAAAAGCUAUAAGUUUACUACAGAUACAUUAACUAAAGUUGGAGAGGUGCGAGAGAAUAAAAAAAAACUUGAAGAACCAGAUUUUAUAGAAGAUUACCAAAGUGGAUUUCCUAGUUGUUUAUCAGAAUUCUUUAAAGGACUCAUUAUGGUAUUAAUAAAAAAAAAAUUUAAAGCUGCAAUACAGAAAAGAAAAGAAAGAGAUUUGGCAGUAAAGGUUUUUGAUAUGACCAAAAAUAAUAAUGAUAAUGAAAUCCAAAAUAUUUUUGGCACAUCAACGUUUACUGAUGAUCUACUUGUAAAUUUUGAAAAAAAAUUUCAUAAUUUUUUACAUACUCAAUAUAAAAACUGGAGCACAAGCAAUCUUCUUCAUGAAAUUGCACAACAAACAAAGCUAAGAUGUCAAGUUUCAUCACUUAAUGUUGUAAUCCUUCAACCCAGAGACAGUCCAAACUGCUAUGAAAUAUUUAAUUUAGCUGCAACUCUUGGUGUUAAGUACUUAGAUAAAUUAGAAAGUAGUAGAUUAUCAGGCAACUUGUUGAGUUUUAAAGUUAAUUUGGAUGGCUGUUGGCAUAGAAAUAGUCAAUACUUAAUUAGUAAGAAUGAAAAAAUAGAUAGUAUCGAAAGUGGUAAUAAUCCAUCACUUAAAAAAUUACUUCAACAUGUUUGUUUAAUUAACUUAACAUGUCCUGGUCACUAUUUGACACUCGAUGAAGCUCUUGAAUGA